GACAGAAUCAAGACGCAGUUUUCGCGAUACAGUUACGGAAUUGUAGUAUUAUUUGUAAGUGCCGUCUAGGUCUUUGCCGUCGAGGAAGUGAGUGUCUAGGUGUUGUUUAGAUCUUCGCUGUUGAGGAACUGAGUGUCUAGGUGUCGUCUAGGUCUUCGCCGUCAAGGAAAAAAUAAUUACAAUACAUUUGAAUGAAAUCAUGAGUAUCAAGAAUAAAAUAGCGGAAAACGCACGCACAGUAAAUUAUGCAUUUUUAUAAACUUCGUAUUACAAGUGAUUGACAUUGAAUUUUAUAAACGAUAUACCUUAUAGCGUGAACUGUGUGUCUGAUUGCUCGAAGGUAUGUUAUUAUUUAUAUGAAUAAUAUUUAAUCUUUUUCAUAUCAAAGUCGCUCAAAGCCAUUUAAAUAUAUGUGAACGUAUAGUAUCUUGCAUUCUGCCAAGUGUACGUUACAUACUUACAUCAAACGGAAAGUGAAGUAUCUGUCCAGUGGUCGUAAAUUGUUUCGUGUAUCAAAAUAAUGAUGUGCUAUUUUGAGCGAGAGUGAGUCGCUCAAAUAAAUCAUUCGUUUUACGUAGUGAAAUACGUAGAAUAGCAUGAGCAGUAACAGGGAAAAGUUACCGGGAAACGAGAAUAACAAGAAGAAUCCCUCCAGCAAAGAGGACAGUCCGUCGGACGAUAAAAAAGAUGAUGGUUCAGCCUCGACGGGAAGUAAUGGCGGUACCACGGAAGAACCGUCGCAGCCCGGUAGUAAACCCAGCUCCGUGGGCGCGAUCGUCAGAGAAGAAGCCCAGAGGCUGCUGGACCUAGCGGCACGCAGGGAAUGGGACGUCGUGGACCAGCUGCUGAAGUCUUUGGAGAAGACUGUGCAGAGCACUGGGGAGGAUGGCUUCAUUGUACCGCUCGCCGGUGUUUUGGAUACGACGACGGGGAUGACGCCGUUGAUGUACGCAGUGAAGGACAACCGCAGCGAGCUAUUUGAUCGGAUGAUCAAGCUCGGAUCCGACGUGAACGCCAGAAACAUUAAAGGAAAAAUACCUCUUCUGCUAGCAAUCGAGGCUGGUAAUCAGUCGAUAUGCCGGAAACUUUUGGCACAUCAAGCACCAGAUCAGCUAUGCGCCACUACGCCAGCCGGUGAUUCCGCCAUGCAUUUGGCCGCUAGAAGAAGAGACAUCGACAUGAUGCGGAUCCUGGUGGAUUACGGUGCUGCCGUUAACAUGCAAAAUAGUGAUGGACAAACUGCGUUACACAUAGCGAGCGCCGAAGGUGACAAAACUUUAGUGAAGUACCUUUACGAUGUCAGAGCCUCUGCCUCGAUCACCGAUCACCAAGAUUGUACGCCGAUGCAUUUGGCCGUAGAGAACGGUCAUGCUACCAUUAUCGAGCUGCUGGUCGAUAAAUUCAAAGCAGAUAUCUUCGAAACGACGAAAGACGGCUCCACUCUGAUGCACAUAGCAUCGCUAAACGGUCACUCGGAAUGUGUCACUAUGCUCUUGAAGAAGGGCGUAUAUCUGCACAUGACAAACAAACAUGGUGCCAGAUCCAUUCAUACGGCUGCAGGAUACGGCCAUGUGGGUAUUAUCAGCACUCUGCUGCAACGAGGAGAGAAGGUGGACGCAAUAACUAACGAUAACUGUACGGCACUCCAUAUAGCCGUGGAAAGUGCCAAACCAGCUGUCGUAAAAACCCUUUUGGGAUACGGUGCAGACGUACACGUGAGAGGUGGAAAACUUUGGGAGACUCCACUUCACAUAGCUGCUAAAGUGGUUGAUGGCGACAAAUGCGCUCUGUUGUUAUUGAAAUCAGGAGCAAAUCCCAAUCUAACAAUCAACGACGGUCAAACGCCCGUGCAUGUGGCAGCCAGCCAUGGGAAUUUAGCGGCACUCCUUUUACUCCUCGACAAUGAUGGUGACCCGAUGUUUAAAUCAAAAAAAGGAGAAACACCUUUGCAUUUAGCCUGCAGGAGUUGCAGAGCUGACGUCGUCCGACAUUUGAUAGAAUUUGUAAAAGAAAAAAAAGGGUCAGAAGUGGCUGCCGCCUACGUAAAUAGUCUGACUAACGAAGGUGCUAGUGCGCUCCAUUACGUAGUCCUAAUCGAAUCUUCGGAAGUCGGAACUCCAGGCGAUGAUCGCGCCAUCAUUCACGUCCUUCUUGAGAGCGGCGCGAACGUCUCAUUGCAGACCAGACAGACUCAGGAAUCAGCGUUCCACCACUGUGCACUCGCCGGCAACAACGAGGUUCUGACGGAGAUGAUCAGUCGCAUGUCAGCUACGGAAAUGCAAAAGGUCUUGAACCGGCAGAAUGCCAUGGGUUGGACGCCGCUGCUGAUUGCCGCUCAUCGGGGUCAUAUGGAAAUUGUGACCACUAUCCUCGCCAAUCACGGAAGAGUCGACGUGUUCGAUCUCGAAGGUAGAUCCGCUCUUCAUCUAGCCGCUGAACACGGCUACCUUCAAGUCUGCGAUGUGUUGUUGGCAAACAAGGCCUUUAUAAACUCCAAAUCAUACGUGGGAAACACUGCCUUGCACUUAGCUGCCAUGAAUGGUUACACGCAUUUAGUACAAUUCUUCGUACAGGGCCAUAGAGCCGAGAUAGACGUACUCACACUGAGGAAGCAGACUCCUCUUCACCUGGCAGCAGGAGCGGGUCAGUUGGAAGUCUGCAAGCUAUUAUUGGAACUCGGCGCAAGCAUAGAUGCCACAGACGACCAGGGGCAAAUGCCGAUUCACGCUGCGGUCAUGAAUAACUACGCCGAAGUGGCGCAACUCUUUUUACAAAGGCACGCCGGUCUGAUGAUGGCCUGCACCAACGACGGCAAUACCUGCGCCCACAUCGCCGCCAUGCAAGGCAGUGUCCGGAUGAUCGAAGAGCUGAUGAAGUUCGACAAGCAGAGUAUGAUAACCGCUAGGAAUAAACUGACGGAAACGACUCCUCUGCAGCUAGCGGCAGAAGGUGGUCACGCCGAGAUCGUGAAGGCUCUGAUUAAGGCUGGCGCGUCCUGCGCUGACGAGAAUUGCGCUGGUUUUACCGCGGUUCAUCUAGCGGCUCAACACGGCCACUGCCACAUACUUGAAGUGAUGAGGUCGUCACAAUCUCUUAGAAUAUCCAGCAAGAAGCUCGGCGUCACUGCGCUUCAUGUUGCUGCUUAUUUCGGACAAGCCGCCGUGGAAAGUGUCAAACCAGCUGUCGUGGAAACCCUUCUGGGAUACGGCGCAAAGGUACACGUGAGAGGUGGAAAACUUUGGGAGACUCCACUUCACAUAGCUGCUAGAGUGGCUGAUGGCGACGAAUGCGCUCUGAUGUUAUUGCAAUCUGGAGCAAAUCCCAAUCUAACAAUCAACGACGGUCAAACGUCCGUGCAUGCGGCAGCCAGCCAUGGGAAUUUAGCGACACUACUUUUACUUCUUCGCAAUGAUGGUGACCCGAUGUUUAAAUCAAAAACAGGAGAAACACCUUUGCAUUUAGCCUGCAGGGGUUGCAGAGCUGACGUCGUCCGACAUUUGAUAGAAUUUGUAAAAGAAAGGAAAGGGGCAGAAGUGGCGACCGCCUAUGUGAAUAGUCUGACUAACGAAGGUGCUAGUGCGCUCCAUUACGUAGCCUUAAUCGAAUCCUCGGAAGUUGGAACUCCAGGCGAUGAUCGCUCCAUCAUUCACGUCCUCCUUGAGAGCGGCGCGAACGUCUCAUUGCAGACCAGACAGACUCAGGAAUCAGCGUUCCACCGCUGUGCACUCGCCGGCAACAACGAAGUUCUGACGGAGAUGAUCAGUCGCAUGUCAGCUACGGAAAUGCAAAAGGCCUUGAACCAGCAGAAUGCCGUGGGUUGGACGCCACUGCUGAUUGCCGCUCAUCGGGGUCAUACGGAAAUGGUGACCACUAUCCUCGCCAAUCACGGACGAGUCGACGUGUUCGAUCUCGACGGUAGAUCCGCUUUUCAUCUAGCCGCUGAGCACGGCUACCUUCAAGUCUGUGAUGCAUUGUUGGCUAACAAGGCUUUUAUAAACUCCAAAUCAUACGUGGGAAACACUGCUCUGCACUUAGCUGCCAUGAAUGGUUACACGCAUUUAGUACAAUUCCUCGUACAGGACCAUAGAGCCGAAAUAGACGUGCUCACACUGAGGAAGCAAACUCCUCUUCAUCUGGCAGCGGGAGCGGGCAGUAGCAAAGAAUUUUUGCAUUACGUCCGCGUAUACACGAGGCAUCUUACAAGACACAUUGUUCAACGGAUAGUUACAGAUAGCAUGUAUCUCUUACAUGCGAUCGAGUUAUUGUUCUUCGCCAUCUUCGGCAAGACGACAUAUGAACAAUUCAGGAGUAACAACCAGUCCGAUUGGAGGAUCGUCCUCUUCAAGCUCACCUACGGCAUUUAUAUGUUGGUGUCGGUGGUGAUGCUUAUUAAUCUCCUAAUCGCCACAAUGAGCAAUACUUACCAGCGAAUACAGGCGCAAUCGGACACCGAGUGGAAGUACGGACUGAGCAAGCUCAUUCGAAGAAUGAACAGGACCACCAUGGCACCACCCCCGCUGAAUCUCUUGACCAUGUGGAUCAUGUAUUUUGUCAAACUCUGCAAGAAACGCACAACCAAAAAGCAACAACCGCUAUCUUUGACGCACGAGAUGAACGGUGCUCGUCUCUCCCCUCGCACCAGAAUGGGUGCCAAGUGGUUGUCCAUGAUAAAGAAGAACACGCAGGUAGUCCACAAGGAUAGCGUCGCCUUAUCGGUAGCUCACCUGAGUCCACUUGGAAGCCAGCUGUCCUUUCAUAACGCCAUCAGAAUCGAGAACGUUGUCGACUGGGACGUCGUCAGACGUAAAUACAGACACCUUUACGAACAGAAGUUGGUCCAAGAGAGCAAGGAAACGAUUGAGAAUCCGUUGGCGGUUUAGGAAGACACGUCCAGCUUUGCCGAAAAUGCCGUGAAAUCGGGACUUGGACUUGGAGCUUGAACAAAGUGGGAAAUGAUCGAGAUAGCCGUCAACCAUAUAUUACAUAACUCUCUGAAGAAGAAAGAGAGAUUGAAGUUCUUUCUGACUUUCGCAGAUUCGCCACAUUAAAUGCGUUCGAUCGCACUGAAUUAUUUGUAUAUACAUACACUUCGGGGCGUAUAAAAAUGAAGAUUUUUAUACCUUAUUUAGUAACAUAUCGAUAAUAUAUCGAAAAGGUUUUUAAAUGUC